UAAACAAACUAAGUUUUUUUACUUAUGUGAAAAUGGUGAUGCUACAAUCACCGGUGAAAACUACAGAUUCAACUCAAACAGCAGCUACCGUCGGUCAAAUGAGUCCAAAGUCACAUCCCGAUUCGCCAAAAUCGAAUACUUCUCCUGAAGUCCAACAUAACAUAGCCGGCGGUAUAUCGCCGACAGCUGUCGUCAAUUCUCCAACAGCAAAAGCAACCAAAUUUGUCCAGAAUCAACAGCAAUUGCCAACAAAUAAUGUUGUGGCCUUACAGCAAACACUCAAAUCAACUGCUACCAAUGAAGAGAGUUUACGUUAUUCACUGGAAUGCCUCAAACAAAUGACCGACAAUAGUAAACUUAACAGAUACAGUCCCACGACUGAAGAUUCCGAUAGUGAAAAAUGCAUUAAUAAUAAUAAUAAUAACAGUUCCAAUAACAAUAAUAAUAACACCACACGACGCUCGCAAUCACCAGUUGCGUUACCAAAUUCGCAACAACGUAAACUACUUGAACUUGCUAGUGCACGACAGCUGGCACGUCCAGAACCCCUACAACAUCCACACGCUGCACUACUGCAGCAACAUCCGCACUUGCUACAAAAUCCCCAAUUCUUAGCAGCAGCAGCGGCGCAACAUCACCAUCACCAACAACAACAGUUACAUCAUAAUCCACAUCAAUCGCAUCAUGCCUUUCACCUGCGUCCACCAUUUCCAACUGCAACAACUACAUUAACAAUACCAAUUAAUGCCACUCCACCCUCACCGGCUAAUUCACCACUGUCCCCACCAACAUCACCACUACAACCACAUUCCGAACAACUACAACAACAACACCAAUUGCUUUCACCUUCCGCAACCCAACAACAUUCCACACAUCCUUUACUGCAAGGCCACCCGCAGUUGCUGUCAUCGCCACCCUCAUCAAUGCUGCUGACCUCACAUACCCAACAACAACAACAGCAACAACAACAACAAGCAACCGCAAACAGUAGUCCCUCAUCAACAACAAUACAUGACAUGGAUCUGGAACGCAUUAAGCUGGUUGCGGCACAGGCUGUUGCACGCAGCACAUCAAGUGUUGCUGCCUGUACCACCGUGUCCACUCCGGCUUCCAUGACAGCGAAUGCCGUCUCAGCCUCUGGUCUUUGCUUGCCACCAACAAAUCCUCGCACAGAAUUAAGUGAUUAUGGUUUUAGAAUACAAUUGGGGGGCUUGGCGGCCGCUGCGGCGGCAGCUGCCGCUACUUCAAGGCAAAUUGCGGCUGCUAAUUAUGCGCGAAGUGAUACCAGUGAAGAGUUAAAUGUCGAUGGAAAUGAUGAGGAAAGCAACGAUGGAUCCAAUGGUACACCAUCAGUCUGCCCAGUUGAUCUCACACGAUCGGUACCUAACACAAAAGCAACACCCUCUACCACAGCAACGACACAAAGCGAAAAAGAAACAAACAAACGUUUAGCAUUUUCAGUAGAGAAUAUUUUAGAUCCAAAUAAAUUUACGGGGAAAAAUGGUGUACCAGGAUCAUUUAAUUCGUCCCGACAAUGGAGUUGCAAUAGCAGUAAUUACGAUCGUGAUGAAGAUAUGCAUGAUCAUUUAGAUGAGGAACAUAGUGAAGACAUGUCCGCUCAAGAUCUUAAUGACAUGGAUCAGGAUGAUAUGUGUGAUGAUGGCAUGAGCAGUGAUAUCGAUGAUAGAGCCAGUGAAACAGACUCAAAGAAAGGUGGUAGUCGUAAUGGUGAUGGAAAAUCUCAAAGUGGUGGUGGUGGUGGUGGUUCAAAACCCAGAAGAGCACGUACAGCAUUUACCUAUGAACAAUUGGUAUCGUUGGAAAAUAAGUUUAAGACAACGCGCUAUUUAAGCGUCUGCGAACGUUUGAAUUUAGCACUAAGCUUAAGUCUAACAGAAACACAGGUAAAAAUUUGGUUCCAAAAUCGUCGCACAAAAUGGAAGAAACAAAAUCCAGGCAUGGAUGUGAAUAGUCCUACGAUACCACCACCAACCGGUGGCUCUUUUGGACCAGGUGCUUAUGCCAGCAGUUUACUUUAUUCACAUGCUGUUCCCUAUCCACCAUAUGGACCCUACUUUCAUCCGCUUGGCGCGCAUCAUCUGAGUCAUUCUCAUUCAUAAAAUUGCAAAAUGCAACAUAAAUUGUUGCAACUCAUGGAAAUGCGUAAAUAGCGUAAUUCAGCCAAGAUAACUGAAGCCAAAGACGAAAUUUUUUUCAUAAUUCUAAGAAAAUUCUAUGUGAUGAUAACGUUAGACCGGGCCAGUGCAAAGUUAGGAUAAAUAAUAAUUACUACUUACAGUGCUCGAGUAAAAAUUACUCUCUUUUAGUG